AUGUCUGUCGCAGUAGAAAACCACCUUAUGAAAGGCGAUACCGCCGAAACCGACUCGGAGCUCCACCGCGACAUUAUCUCCCAGUUUCCGCUCCUCAAUGCUUAUACGCAGUUGCUGUUUGGGUUCAAGCUGCCGGCCAACGUGGACCGCGAUGCCAUCGUCGCAUCCCUUCAGGGCGCCUUUGACAAACUCAAGGCGGAGAUCCCUUGGCUGGGGUGGCAGGUGGCCCGGGAGUCAGGGCCUGGUGGCAUCUUGAAGGCGAUGCCGUGGCCCACGGACGUGCCCGAGGAGCGAAUCCGCGUCAAAAACUGUGACGAUCUCAUCGCACCCAUGGCCAAGCUCGUCUCAGCCGGCGUGCCAAUCCACAUGCUGGACGGAUCAGUCCUGACGCCCUGGCCGGCGCUGCCGCAACCCCGCGGCCUCGAGGGCCCCGACCCUGUGGUCGCCUUGCAGGCCAACUUUGUGAGUGGUGGCCUAAUCCUCAACCUCAGCUCUCACCACACCAUCAUCGACGGCAGCGGAAUUUACCAGUUUGUGAACCUGCUGGCUCUUGUCAUGAGCGGCAAGGAGAUUCCAGCCGCCGACUUGGAGCAGGCCAAUCGCGACCGCAGCCGCGUGAUCCCGCUCAUUCCGCGCAGCGAGCCCGUCAAGAGCUACAGCCACCUGCGGCGCCCGCCAGGCUACACCUGGGCGGCUCCCUCGAGCCCGCCGAUGUGGUGCUACUUCAAGAUGCCGGUCAACGCUCUGGCUCGGCUCGUCAAGUCGGUAAAAGACGAUCCAUCUAGCAACAAACCAGGCUCGCUGAUGGUCUCCGAGAACGACAUCUUCUCUGCCUUUGCAUGGCAGCGCCUCUGCGCCGUGCGCGUGGCUAACGGACAACCGCCAGAGCGCUCGUCCAAGCUUGGUCGUGCUAUUGACGGGCGCAUGGCUAUGGGCGUACCUCUGACCUAUAUGGGCCAUAUGGUGUGCCACGCCCUGGUUCGGUUGCCAUUGAACCAGGUGGCUAAGCUGCCACUGCCACAGAUUGCUCAGGCACUGCGCCGGGAACUCAACCAGGCUAACACGCCGUGGUCAAUUCGCAGUUUUGCCACAUUCAUGGCCCGUGAGCCUGACACGUCCACCCUGCUGUAUGGUGGAACCCACGACGCCCGGGCGGACCUCAUGGUGACGGCAACCGGUCAGGCGACGCCGCUACCGACUUCUUGGGGCCCCCUGCUGGGCCGAUCGUGCUUCUUCCGCCGCCCAACCGCCGCCCCGAUCCCCGGCUGUUUGAUUAUCAACGAAGCCGAGGGAGCGUUUAUCCCUCUGACGCUGUGCAUGCCCGAGGAAGAUAUCAACGGGCUAAAGAAGGACCCGGUAUGGAAGCAAUACGUAAGAUACGUUGGCUAA